AUGUAUCCGCGAUUCCUAGACCGCAACUAUCCGCUGGAGAAGCACCUGUUCUUCGUGACCAGGUAUUCGUUUGGCCUCCUGGGUCUCAGAUUCGGAGAGGCGAAGUCGCAGUCCUGGAUCUCCUUGGCCUGGCUGGUGUUCAACUUUGUGAACCUGGCCCACUGCUGCCAGGCGGAGCUCGUCUUCGGCUGGCACUAUCUGCGGAUCAGUCCCGUGGACGCCAUGGAUGCCUUCUGUCCGCUGGCCUGCAGCCUGACGACCCUCUUCAAGCUGGGCUGGAUGUGGUGGCGCCGUCAGGAAGUGUCCGCCCUGAUGGAGCGCAUCCGAUUGCUUACCGAGGAGCAGGCUGGACGAGGCAUUCGCCGAUCAAAUGUGGCGCGAAGGAGCUACUACCUCAAGGCCACUCGCUUUGGGAUGCUCGUCUUCACCCUGGGCAGUAUCACGACCUGUGCCUUCGUCCUGCGCUCCCUGUGGGAGAUGUGGGCGCGGGGCCUGGCUGACUUUAAGUUUGAUAUGCCCUUCCGCAUGCUGUUCCCGGAAUUCGCCCAUCGGAUGCCCUGGUUUCCGCUGUUCUAUCUGUACUCCACCUGGAGCGGACAGGUGACCGUCUACGCCUUCGCCGGCACCGAUGGCUUCUUCUUCGGUUUCACCCUCUAUGUAGCCUUCCUACUGCGGGUCCUCCAAUUGGACGUGAGCGAUUCCCUCCAGUUGGUUAAAAAUCCCAGCCCCAGGGACUGCGAUCUGUGCUGUCGGCGCCUGGCCAACAUUGUCGAUCGACAUAAUGAGAUUGCGCUGAUUGUCCGCCGCUUCUCAGGGAUCAUGGCGGCCCCGGCCUUUGUGCACUUUGUUUCGGCCAGCUUGGUGAUAGCCACCAGUGUCAUAGACAUACUCCUGUACUCCGGCUACAAUAUCAUCCGCUAUGUGGUGUACACGUUCACGGUCUGCUCGGCCAUUUUCCUCUACUGCUAUGGCGGCACUGAGAUUUCCACUGAGAGCCUCUCCGUGGGCGAGGCGGCCUACGGCAGUGCCUGGUACGCUUGGGAUCGGGAGACGCGUAGACGGGUCUACUUGAUUAUCCUACGUGCCCAGCGACCCAUCACCGUUGGAGUGCCCUUCUUUACGCCUUGCCUGCCGGUCUUUACUGCGGUCAUCAAAUUUACGGGCUCCAUUGUGGCGCUGGCCAAGACCAUCUUGUAG